AUGAGCUCCAAUGGAAAAGCAGAUCGCUUGGCGGAGACGGGCAGCAACUAUCCUUCGAUUGCCUCAUCACAUGCCAAGGGAAGCAACGUGGAGAUCCUCACCUUUGAUGGGCCAAAUGAUGAGAGAUGUCCCUACAACUGGAGCCCUUCUCGCAAAUGGCUCGUGGCGUCAAUAGCCUUGCUUGGCACACUUACCCUACCUCUAAACGGAACCUCAAUUACGGUUGCUGCAGAUGAGAUCAACGCUCAAUUCGGCGUGAGCGAUACGUCCACCUUCACCAACAGUUAUUGGACUGUCACAAGCUGGACUCUAGGCRGAGCUGUCUUCAUCAUCGUUGGUCUUCCCUUGAUGGAAGAUACUGGUGUAAGAAUAGGCUACCUAGCCAGCUACAUUUGCUUUUUCCUCAUGGUCAUUCCCCAAGCAGUAGCGCAGAACUUUGCAACCUUGGUGGUGACUCGUUUCUUCUCGGGCGGUUUCGUUGCACUGCUAGCCAAUACGAUUGCCAGUAUGAUUCCGGAUCUGUGGGAGGGGGAUGCAGCAAGAAGUCUCCCAGUUGGCCUCUACAUCCUCUUCUUUCUCGUGUCGAGCACGCUGGGACCUCCUUUAUUCGCCGGCGUCGUGCAGUACACCAAUUGGAGGUGGAUCUUCUACAUCCAGCUCAUCCUAUAUGGCGCUCUGUUCCCCCUGUUCUUGUUCUUCGUCAAGGAGACGCGUCACCACAUCAUCCUCCGCCAACAUGCCAAGGCCAUUCGCAAACAGACCGGAAAGCCAGUGUACAGCGCCGAAGAGGUCGACUCCCCACCCCUGCGUACGAGAAUGUAUGAAGCCGUCACGCGACCCGGAAAACUCCUCUGCACCGAACCUGUACUCAUGUGCUGUACACUCUGGUCGGCGUUUAGCUUCGGCACCGUGUUCUUCUUCACUCAAUCAGUCGAACAGGUCUACCAAGGCCUGUACGGAUGGUCGGAAUUCCAGUGCGGAUAUGUGCAAGGUGCUGUAGUGAUUGGCGAGAUUCUGGGCUGGGUUGCAUCUCUCUACGGAUCACACCUCUUCCUCAAGUCUGCCGAGCGCAACACCGAAACUCCCGGACGGCCCAUUCCAGAAGCCAGACUCUACGUCUCAGUAUUUGGAUCCUUCUUUGGCAUCACCGGCGGCAUGUUCGUAUACGCAUGGACCUCCUAUCCCCACAUUCACUGGAUCGCCCCAACAAUAGGCCUAGCCAUGGUUGGCUUUGGUAUUCAAAUCGUCGUUUCAGCCGUCGCGGACUACGUAACAGAUGCGUAUGCCGACUCUGGCGUAGCCGGCUCAGCGAUCAGUGCAGUCGCUGCUGGUGAAGAUGUCGUAGCCGGCUUACUUCCGCUGGCGACGCAAUCAAUGUACAAGACAUUGGGUUUCAAUUGGGCCAGCACUCUUCUUGGACUCAUCGCUCUGUUGAUAAGUUUUGCGCCCGUGAUUUUCAUCUGGAAAGGACAGCAGAUCAGAGAACGAAGCGAGUUUAUGAAAUCAGCGGGAAAGAACGGGUUGCGAAAUAGUGAUGAGACGACUUUGUCAGAAAAGUGA